AUGGCUUUGAAGAAUCAAAGACAAUCGGCGCGCGAAGCGUAUCGAGAAACCCUUGACAGCCAUGUUUGCCAUACAAUUCGACGCAAAAUACCUCCCGUUCCAAUGGAUGCACAAGACAUAGAAUUUCCCCAACAACAAGAACCUGAAUUGACCGAGCUCGACGAAGAUCUUGUCGGAAUAGACUCUUCGGACCACGUGUUUCUUAACAACACAUUUUGGCCCCGUGAAACAGGAUUGCGAUUUGCGGCCAUCAGAGAGGCAAGAGAUCAAAACCAACGUUUCGCAGCCGCCACAGAGGAACAGUUCGACACUUUGUGGGAAGACUUUGUGAAAUAUUGGCCUCGGAUGUUCUUCCGAAUGCGCGGAUUCCUAUCACCUAACCUUCUCGAGGAUCGGGUAACGAUUCGACCCAGUGAUGUAGACUACUCAGGUGAUGUCGGCAUGCAAUCACUGUACGGUUUUCUCCAUAUAGCUCAUAUAAACUGGCUCAGGAACACGGGCAGAGGUCUGAAACACCAGAAAUGGGCCGAGAUGAUUUCCCCGUCCAAGAAUCAACCUCUGAUGAAGCAUGUUAAAUCUAAAAUGCAUAUCCUCAAGGUAUAUCCUGCGUCGUGUCAUGCUCGAGACCAAGCUUUGCAAUAUUCCGACGAAAUCUUUGUAAGGUACAAAAUAAGUGCCUUACCGCUUAAAGACAAGUCUGAAGUUAGCCUCAGCUCCUCAAUUUUGUCCACUAAAGAAUGUCUCGAGGUUGCGCGCUCAAUCGAUACGUUUACUUUCCUAGAUCCCAAGACGAACUAUGUUUCACGUCUCACCCCAAAAGAUUUUUUUCCUUUUUACGAAACAUUGGAAGACACAUGGUUUUACCAGCAAGAGGUAGCGCGAGAUGCUGCAUUAAUGGUCAAUGAUACGAUUCAUAGCGGUCUCGAAGACCUUGAGGCCAAGAUGACACAGAUGGUGCCCAAGACGUUCGGCGAGCUGCGCAAAGCUCUCAACAGUCGCGCAUCCAAUUUCAGCAGUCGAUCAAUCAAUAUUAACCAGAAUAUGGCGGGAGAUGGUCCUGAUGACAAGCCGAUUGAAGAUUAUUUUCUUAACUGGCUUCGGGAUGAUAUAGCCAAAACGAAGCACAAGCAGCCUCAAUGA